AUGGCCUCCGGGGCUCCCGGGGAGCGGCUGCGCGAGGAGGCCAGGUGCCCGGUGUGCCUGGACUUCCUGCAGGACCCGGUCAGCGUCGACUGCGGCCACAGCUUCUGCCGCAGGUGCAUCUCCGAGCUGUGCGACGAGUGCGACAGCGCGCAGGGCGGCGUGUACGCCUGUCCGCAGUGCCGGGACCCCUUCCGGCCCGCGGGUUUCCGGCCCAACCGGCAGCUGGCCAGCCUGGUGGACAGCGUGCGGCAGCUGCGGCCGGGCGCGGGGCCCGCGGGGGCGCCACCGUGCGCGCGGCACGGCGAGGACCUGAGCCGCUUCUGCGAGGAGGACCAGGUGGCGCUGUGCUGGGUCUGCGACGCCACCGCGGAGCACAGGAGCCACCGCACGGCGCCGCUGCAGGAGGCCGCCGCCUGCUACCAGGUAAAGCUCCAAAUGGCUCUGGAACUUGUGAGGAAAGAGAUGCAAGAGGCCUUGACUCAGGAAGCUAACAUGGUGAGGAAGACUGUCAUUUGGAAGGAAAAAGUGGAAAUGCAGAGGCAGUGCUUCAGGUCGGAGUUUGAGAAGUAUCGUGGCUUUCUGGCCCUGGAGGAGCAACUCCAGCUGAGGCGGCUGGAGCAGGAGGAGCGAUCGACCCUGCAGAGGCUGCGGGAGAGCAAGAACCGGCUGGUGCAGCAGAACAAGGCCCUGAAGGAGCUGGCCGAGGAGCUGGAGGAGAGGUGCCAGCGCCCAGCCCUGGGUCUGCUGGAGGGUGUGAGAGGAGCCUUGAGCAGAAGUAAGGCUGUCACACGGCUCGAACCAGACACCAUCCCCACGGAGCUGAAGACGGUAUGUCGCAUCCCUGGCAUGAGGGAAAUGUUGAGGAAGUUCCAAGCUGAUGUAAAGCUGGAUCCUGCCACGGCUCAUCCGAGCCUUCUCUUGACCGCUGACCUGCGCAGUGUGCAGGAUGGGGAACUGUGGAGGGACGUCCCCAACAACCCCGAGCGAUUUGACACAUGGCCCUGUAUCCUGGGAUUGCAGACCUUCUCGUCAGGAAGGCAUUACUGGGAGGUUGUGGUGGGAGAAAGAUCAGAGUGGGGUUUAGGCAUCUGUCAAGACACAGUGCCAAGAAAGGGGGACACCACCCCGUCUCCUGAGAACGGGGUCUGGGCCAUGUGGCUGCUGAAAGGGAGUGAGUACAUGGUCCUGGCCUCCCCAUCGGUGCCUCUCCUCCCACUGGAACGGCCUCGCUGCAUCGGGAUCUUCUUGGACUAUGAAGCCGGGGAAAUCUCAUUUUACAACGUCACAAACGGGUCUUACAUCUGUACAUUUAACCAGCUGUUCUCUGGUAUCCUCCGGCCUUAUUUUUUCAUCUGUGACACAAUUCCUCUUAAUUUGCCACCUAUGACAGAAGCAGAAUCAGGAAAUUGUGCAUCCAGGGGUCAUCCUGACCCUGCAUCUAAUGUGAGAGAUGGUCAUUCCUAA